AUGGGUCUUAAGAGAAAGCCCCCGAUCAGCUUAUUCGACCUCAUUGAGGGUCAGCCGGGGAAGGGUGCACAGGGAAAUCCACAAUCCAGUGUUCCAACUCCCCCACCCCAGGCCCAGCCUGUCCAGACUAGAUCUUCCUCUUCCAAGUCGCAGCCACAAUCUCCCCGCCCGAAACUUCCUGCUCCUCCUCAAUCAGCUCUACCUCCUCGGCUUGAGCCCACUGACUCAAAGAGAAAGAGGAGUCCCAAGGGUAAGGAACCAAUGGAUGGGGGAAAAUCCCAAUCCUCUCAGGAGGGGGAUAAAGCCCCGCGAGCCCAAAAUCAGUUAAAGAUCGGGCAUCAAGGCCAGGGGAAAGGGAUCGAUGCCCAAUCCGCACUAAGUGCUUGGCUUCCCGCCCCAAUGCUCCACGGGGAGCCAUUACUAGAAGACGCAUCCAUGAGGAACCUUAGAGAUGGCGAAGGUGGUUAUGUGGCCGACGCGCUAGAGAAGGCCCUGCUACUUCCCACUAAUAUGGGAGAGUUGAAGAAUAUGAGGAUGCAGAAGGUUACCCUCAGCGUGAAGAGGUACCUAGGUAUGGCUAUCCAGGCUAUCCAGGCUACCUAUAUGAUGGAGGAAGAAGUUGAGCAGAGUAAGACCGCAGAGCUUGAGCAUAAUAAACGUAUAGAUGCUGCGCGAACCCUCAAACAUUUCGAGUCCGACCUCGCGAAGGCUAGGGAGGACUUAAAGGAGGCAACCCGAUCCAGGGAUAGUGCUGAGGCAGGCUUGACUGGUGCCCAAAAACAGGUCGAGGAACAGACGAGGCACCUUCUUGCUGCCGAGGAGCAAUUGGAGAUUACCAAGGAACAGAUCAGUGAUUUAAAGAAGAAGCUGAUCGAAGCAGACAAUGCUAAGGGCUUGGCGGAAUUUGCUAGGGAUGAAGCCGUGAGGGCCAAGAUGGAGGCUGAGUUUGCCAGUACUGAGGCCGAAACUGCUAAGGACAAGGCCGAGGAGGAGGGCUACGAGGCGGGGGUGGCUAAAACCCAGACUCUCCUUAAAGCUCAAAUCCUUGGAGUAUGCAGGCUAUACUGCUCACAGGUUUGGGACGAGACCCUUAAAUAA